GCACAAUGUUGGGUGAAUUUUGUUUAUUGUUAUUAUCUUGUACAACUGUUCUGGGCGCAGUUGUGUCACCAGUAGACCAGGGUGAUGGUCCUCUGAUACUUACGCCAUACAUUGAAAAUGGAGAAACUGAGAAAGCCAAAGCCCUAUCGUCAGUGGAGGCGAGCUUGUUCGCUGACGUCAACAGUCACGCCGCGUACAUCACUGUCAACAGAACUGCCAAGUGGCACCUGUUCUUCUGGUACUUCCCCGCGGAGGGACUGCCUCUAGAAGAUACACCACUUAUUAUCUGGCUAAAUGGAGGACCAGGAAUCUCUUCUUUGUAUGGAUUGUUUGAAGAAAUAGGACCAAUUAGAGUUGUUGAUAACGAAAAAGUUGAAAGGAUGCCCAUCACGUGGGGUUCCAACUACUCGCUUCUGUUCAUUGACAACCCCGCGGGCACUGGCUUCAGCUUCAGCGAAGGAGGAGAGUAUGCCACUAACGAAGAUCAGGUGGGCGAGUGCCUCUAUAACUUCAUCCAGCAGUUUCUGCAAGUUUUCCCUGAACUGAGAAAAGCACCCCUGUUCCUCAGCGGCCAAGGGUACGCCGGAAAAUUUAUCCCAGCGUUUGGAAAUUUUAUACAUAAUAACCAAAACGACUGUAUGCCAAUAAACUUAAAGGGUAUAGCGGUUGGCAACGGCUGUACAGACCCACUUUCAAUGCUGCAUAUCGCCGAAUUUGCGCCGCAAGCAGGGGUCCUGAGUCCCGAAGAAGCACAAGAAAUCCACACUUAUGAAGAAGAAGCCAGACGUGCUUGGGAACGAGGCGACAUGAACGAAUUCACAUGGAACGCGCAAGUGAGCAUCUAUUUGGCGAAAUUCAGAGCGAGUGUGGAUGAGAACAAUUUCUUACAUGAACAUAAGGAUACGAUGAAAGAAUCAUUUUCAAAGUUUCUUAAUAAAGCUGAAGUGCAGAGCGCUAUUCAUGCCAAGAAAAUGAUUUUUAGUGUGGAGAACCUUUUAGCAAAGCAUUUGACUGAAACAGAUUAUCACAUUUCUGCUAAGCCUUGGUUGGAGGAGUUAUUGGAACAUUAUGGAGUAAUGUAUUACAGUGGUCAGCUGGCCAUCUACCCUGCGUACGCGCCGUCAGUGCGAAUGUAUAGAUCGCUGGAGUGGUCCGGCGCACAGGGCUACUUGCAAGCCGACAAUGGACGGGAAAUAUGUCAUUCAUACGUAAGGGAAAGUGGCAACUUCAUAGAAGUGAUGGUGCGUGGUGCCGGGUACUUGGUGCCCCAGGACAAGCCGCGCGUCGCCAAGUUACUCAUCGACAGAUUCAUCAACAAGUUCAAAUAAAUAUUCAUACUUUCCUUAAACUUAUACUGCAAUAAAUAUUGAACUGUGCACGGUA